AGAAGUUGACGAAAGAAAGGAAUGUUUAAUUGUACAUUUUCUGUUUAGUAAACUAAAUACAUAUAAAUUUUAAGAAGGUGGAUUAAAAUGUUUGGAAUUGUCAAAGAUUUUAUAUGGCUAGUCUUUUUUUAAGUUUUUAAUAACAUUUGGUAUCAAAAUUCUAAUUGUUAUAAGAUGUUUAUUGUGGCUGCGAUUGAUUUUAGUCAAUGUUGAUUUGGGAUAUUGUGUGAAAGAAACUGAAAUAAGAUAUGAUGACUUCAUUGAGCUCCUCAGUGAGGGGGCACAAGUCAGUUUCCCCUAGUGCAUAUAGUUUGAAUGUUGAUUUUAAUACAUACACAGCAACGCAUCAGUGGUCUAAAAUGUUGGAAUGUGCCGAAUUUGUCGGGGCUAAACGAAGCAAACACACUGUUGUAGCUUAUAAAGAUGCAAUGUAUGUGUUUGGUGGUGAUAAUGGAAAAAAUAUGUUAAAUGAUCUCUUAAGAUUUGGAGCUAAAGAUAAAUCUUGGGGACGAGCAUGCUGUACUGGUAAUCCUCCUGCUCCAAGGUACCAUCAUUCGGCUAUAGUUUUUGGUAGCUCAAUGUUUAUAUUUGGUGGAUAUACAGGCGACAUCCAUUCAAACUCUAACUUGACGAAUAAAAAUGAUCUCUUUGAAUAUAAAUUUCAAAGCGCUCAGUGGGUGGAAUGGAAAUUUAGUGGAAGAGUACCAGUGCCAAGAUCGGCUCAUGGUGCAUGUGUACAUGAUAAUAAAAUGUGGAUUUAUGCGGGGUAUGACGGAAAUGCUAGGUUAAAUGAUAUGUGGACCUUAGAAUUAGGUGGUGAUGUGCAUGAAUGGGAAGAAAUAAUUCAAGAGGGUGAUAGACCUCCAACAUGUUGCAAUUUUCCUGUUGCAGUAGCUAGAGAUUGUAUGUACGUUUUUUCUGGGCAAAGUGGACUUCAAAUCACAAAUUCAUUAUUCGAAUUUCAUUUCAAAUCAAAAACUUGGAGAAGGAUUCCAAAUGUUUUAAGAGGGUCUGCACCACCAUCUAGAAGGUAUGGCCACACGAUGGUACAUCAUGAUAGAUUUCUUUACGUGUUUGGAGGGUCUGCUGAUUCUACGUUGCCAAAUGAUUUGCAUUGUUACGACUUAGAUUGUAAAGUAUGGUCUGUAGUAACUCCAGAAGCAAAUUCUUGUGUCCCUUCCGGAAGAGUUUUUCACGCUGCGGCUGUUAUAGGUGAUGCUAUGUAUAUUUUUGGCGGAACUGUUGAUAACAGUGUCAGACGAGGAGAUACUUACCGCUUUCAGUUUUCAAGUUACCCAAGAUGUACCCUACCAGAUGACUUUGCAAAGUUUUUUGCUGAAAAACAGUUUUGUGAUAUCGUUUUUAUUGUUGGACAAGAGGAAACUAAAAUUCAAGCACAUAUUGCUUUUGUUGCGGCUAGAUCAAACUUUUUACGGACAAAAAUUCUUGCAGCUCGUGAGGCGAAAAAACAACAUUUAGAAAAAGUUUUUGGUAAUAGAGAUGUAACCUGCAAUGAUCCAAUGUUGGAGAUCCGAUUACCCAACGCAAACCCUGAAGCCUUUGAAAUUAUAUUGAACUACAUUUAUACAGAUAAUAUUGACCUAAAAAAAUGCUAUGGGAAAAAUAUUGUAAUAUUAAUCACAGAUAUUUACACAUUGGCUGGCCAACUUUUAAUGCCACGUUUGGCUGCUGGAUGUAUUCAUUUUUUGGAGCAUAAAAUUUCUAAGUCAAAUGUUCUUGAAGCAUUGUAUAAUGCUGACAAAAAUAAAAUUCAAGUUAUAAAGGAUCAUUGCAUGGCCUUUAUUGUAAAGGAUGAAAAUUUUCAUGAUGUCGUAAUGUCUAGCGAAUUUGGAGAUCUGGACAAAUCACUUUUGGUAGAAAUAAUUAGAAAACGUCUAAUUAAUCCAAACAAGUCAAAUCUUGAAGUGCCAUUUGAAAAAAAUGCCGGAACAAUGUUGGAAAUGGAUAUGGCAGUAUUUUUAGAAUUUACUGGGAAAGAAUUUUGUGAUAUUAAUUUGGUACUUGAUGGUCACGUUAUACCUGCCCAUAAAUCAAUAUUAUCCGCACGAUGUACAUAUUUCCAAGCAAUGUUUCGCUCUUUCAUGCCCCCUGAUAAUAUUGUGAACAUUCAAAUCGGAGAAAUUUCCCCUUCUCUAGAAGCAUUUAUGUCCUUAUUGAGGUAUAUAUAUUACGGCGAAACGAAAUUGCCACCGCAGGACUCGUUAUACUUAUUUCAAGCUCCAAGCUUUUAUGGAUUAUCAAAUAACCGCUUGCAUUCCUUUUGUAAAUAUUCCUUAGAGCAUAAUAUAACAGUUGAAAAUGUUUUGCAAACUUUGGAAGCGAGUGACAUAACCAAAGUUCAAGACAUUAAAGAAUAUGCUUUGAAAUUAAUUGUAAAGGAAUUCGCAACAGUUGCUCGUUUACCAAAAAUGAGAACGUUGAACAGGGAACUGUUACUUGAAAUAAUUAAAAGCGUUGCGGAUGCCCAUGGUGAAUAUCUUAUGACUCAGGAUAUUUCAUCUAUAAGUAUUAACACAGAUCUUUGAAAAUUAGUAUUUUUGCAACCAGCAUUAACUUUGCUUUUAGCCUGGUUAAAAACAGCUGAUAUUAUAUAAGAUUUAAACAUUAAAGUUUAUGUAUUCUUAUUUAAUAAUUUAAAAUUUUGAAUUUAAUGUUAUUAGUUUUCUUUUUUAUUGCUGUGGCAUAAAAAAAUUUCUUUCAAAUAAAUAAUUUAAUAUAUAAAGUUAUAAAAUAUGCAAAAUAAUACAUUAUAUUUUUGUUGUUUGCUUUAAGCUGAAAUUAAAAACCAGUAAAAUUUGUCUAAAUUA